AUGGUUCUUACCGUAGUUUUACAAGAGCAAGAAGUAAUCAAGGCGCUGUACACCGAUCCUCGUUUCUAUUCAUCCAUUGGCCAAGAGUUUUGCAUAAUUUUCGACAUAAUGUAUGCUAAAACUGGUAAUGAGGCAGUUGUGGAGUCAUUUUAUGGUGUAGUGCAUAGUCAGGAAAUGGAUGGUGGCCAAAGUAUUAAAGUUCUUGGCGAAAGAGCGAAAGUGGAUUGGUGCUUUCCUCCUGUUCUUGCUUGCGACAGGGCUAUAGAUGAAAUGUCGAAGCUGUACGUCCAUGGAAACCGCAGCCUUG